AUGGCGGCGGCGGCGGUAGAAGAACCGUCGAGUCUCCGCAACCGGCAACAGCAUGUCGCAUCUGAAGUUGACGCCGAGAGGACCGGGACCUCUUCAUUCCCCGAUGCCACCGAGACGACGACACUACUCAACUCCGAGACGUCUUCUCGGACCCUCCAUAAUGGAUCGCCGGCCGGGAGCCGCCGAGAUCGAGACUCGGACGACGACAACGACGAUGAUGGGCCUAAGCAGUCUAUUAGCAAGACGCGUGCUGGCGUCUUGAUGUUGAGUACCUGGAUUCUCAUCUUCCUCCAAGCAUCAAACACAUCCGGCAUGACAAUGACGCAGUCCGUCGUCGCCGAGGACCUCAACGCAUACUCGCACGCAAUGUGGUUCACCAGCUCCUACCUCAUCAGCAUGGCCUCUCUGGCGCCCCUCUUCGGGCGCCUGGCCACCAUUUUCUCGCCCCGCAUCCUCGUGCUCUGGCUGGGCGGCUUCUUCGGCCUCGGCGGUGUCGUUACCUCGCAAGCACCCUCCUUCUGGGUCUUUAUCGCCGGCAGAAUCUUGACGGGUAUGGGAGGCGCGGGCAUCAUGACGCUGUCCGUCAUUCUGGUACUCGAGCUGGUGGGAAAGAAGAGCAGGGGCGUUUUCGUCGGGCUGGUGAAUGCGGGCUUCACGAUUGGGUUGUCGUUUGGCGCUGUGGUGUACGGCGCAUUGUUGCCUGUUAUUGGAUGGAGGGCUCUGUUCGGUGUCCAAACACCUCUGGGACUCCUUGCCGGCAUUGGUGCUUUCUUGAGCAUCCCGAAUGGCUUCAGCUCCGACCACAAGACCAGAGGCAAGUCGGUUCUCCAGAAGCUGGCCCAAAUCGACUACGCGGGUGCCUUUAUGCUAGUGCUAACGAUUGUGCUCUUCCUAUAUGGCCUUUCGGGCGACAUCAACCCUCUAUCCCUACUCCUCUCAGCCGUUUCUCUCCUUCUCUUCGUCCUCAUCGAAUUCAAACUCGUCACGGACCCCAUUAUCCCAAUCUCCGUCCUCUCCUCUAGAGGCGUCCUGCUCUCCUGCACAGCCCAGCUCCUCUUCAUGUCAAUCCGCUGGACCCUGCUCUAUUACAGCCCCAUCUUCGUCCUCGCCGUCCGUGGCUACGCCCCCGCCAUCGCGGGCUCCAUCCUCAUCCCCACCAACAUCGGCUUCGGCUCCGGCGGUCUCAUCGUCGGCUGGCUGCACGUCCGCCGCAACGGCGCCUUCUGGUUGCCCUCCGUCAUUAGCCUAACGUGCUUCGCGGCCACCAUGUUCGGCCUCUCGCUCGUCGCCACCGAGACCUCGCCGUUCGGCGUCUUUGUCCUGGCCGUCGUGCUCAACGGCCUCGCCACGGGCGCGACGCUUAACUACACCCUCGCGCACCUGCUACACCUCAGCCGCCCGGAGGAGCACUUCAUCUCGACGUCGUUGCUGGGCACGUUCCGCGGGUUCGGCGGCAGUUUCGGGACCGCCAUCGGCGGCGGCGUGUUUUACCGCCUCCUGCGCUCGGGUCUCGUCGCCAGCUUCACGGAGCUGGACGGCGGCGGGCGUCUUGCCGAAGGGCGGGAGGAGCUCAUUACCAAGCUCAUUGGGAGUCCCGCGCUCGUGUUUAACGGCGGGCUGAGUCCUGCCGAGCACGGGAUCGCGGUGGAGCGCUACGCUGCUGCGUCGAGGGGCACGUGGCGGGCUGCGGCGGCGUUGGCGGUCGUUGCGAUUCUGUGUCAGGCAAGUACGGGAUGGAGGAGUCCUGUUGGCGGGAAGGAAGUCGACGAUGAGACUGAGGCGAGGGCUACGAUGAUGGAGAGCGAGGGCGUCGGGGAGGCGUAG